ACUUGUGUCAGUUACUCAGUUUAGAAUAGCGUCAGUUCAGUUUGAAAAUGGUAAAGCAAAAUAUUGAAAUUAUUUUCAAAUCUGGAAAAUAACAUAAACAAAAUAUAUAGACUUGAGCUACGAUAAACGAAAUAUAACUGAUUUUUCAGAAGAACUUUGAUUUUCUUGAUUAGUGAUGAUGAUACAUGAAUUGUGAGGGACAUAUAAAAAAGUGAAACAAUGAAUAAGAAAAGGAAUUCAAAUGCCAUAAAUAAGGAUACACAACAGAAUAGCGAACAACUCGGCGAUGAAUCAACUGAGAGUAUACUGAUUGAGGAUAGAGUUAAGAAACUAUUGGACAUUGGAAACGAUGUGGAAAGAAGAAAUAUUUUCAAUAAUGCGGAACAAAAUCUUCCAAAAGAUCCAAUUCGUAGAUCAAUAAUUACAAGGACACUGAAAAACAGGGCGACAAUGAUAAGUAGUACUCCGAUGUUGAAACAAAGAGGAAAUGUUUUCUCCACAGAGAGCUCCUUGAACAUAUCCCCUAUUCAUGUAGAUGUCGAUGUGACUAUUGACAAUGAAGUUCAGAAUCUUCAGGGUCAAGGUGAGCCUAAAAUCACUGAACAAGAUAUUGUUAUAGUGGACUCUUCUGAAAAUGAUCUUGACGCAACUAAAGGAAGUAAUGAGGUCAAGACUUAUAAGACCAGAGGAAUGAGAAAGUAUUUGACGAAAGACUCACAACAGCAAAAUAAAAAAGGAAAUAUAUCUCUUGAUAAAGAGAAAGGCAGUGAACCAAAUUCGGAAAUUGGGAUGGAAAGUGUAGCUAAAGAUAAUAAUUCGGUUAAGGAGAAAAUGGAAAAUAUUACAAAGCGGAAAUCACCUGGCCGUAAAAAAAAUGACAAAUCUGGGAGCAAAUUACAAAGUGAAUCAAAGAAAAAUGACAUUGAUUUUGAACAAUCAAAAGAUGAGCGAAGUGCUAAACGUACGAUAAAAAAAUCCACCUCGGAAGACAUAACCGAUUCUAAAUAUUCGAAAAGUAAUACAAGUAUCUCCAUGAUGCUACGGAGUAUGAAUGUAACUGAAAAGUCCAUCAAUAAAAAUGCUUCUUGUCCUGUGUCGAAAGGUCGACAAAGUCUACCUCUGACUCCAAUUGAAGAAGCCAAUGACAAUCAUUUUGAUAAUACUGAAAAAUUAUUGACUUCCACAAAAACAACAAAGUGCAGUCAUGAGCCGAAUUCAAUAAAUGACAAUAGUACAUUAGUAUCUGAGAAAUCAUUGAAUACAAAAAAGGUGAUUGGAGGGCAGACUCCAACUUCUAGCAUUGAAGUCAUCAAAUCUCCACACAAAAAAAUAUCCACUUGUACUGAAAGUCCAAAUAUCAUGACAAUGUCUGUCCGACUUGAAAAGUUACCGAGUGACACCCCAGUAAUCAAAUGCAGUAAUCAGAAUGUGAAAAUGACAGAAGAAAUAACUUCAAAAAUUCCUAUACUUCGUAGCAGGAGCAAAUCACGAGAAAAUGUUGAAAAAAGAGAUCCGUUACCUAAGGCUCAGUCAUCAAGAACUAUUCACUUCCCAAGUAUGGAGAAAAGUUUAUCUGAGGAAAAGAAAAUACCCCCAAAACCAGCUCCCCGCAGAAAGAAAUUAAAAAGAAAGGAAACGUCAACCUCCCAAACAAUAAAUAAAAAUAAUCCAGGAAACAACACUUCAAGUACUAAUAACUUGAAGAAGGAUAAAGAAAUGCCAACUAAAAUGGUGAAAAAUAUUGGAACUUCUAUUAAUGUUGAAUCUGUUCCUCAUGAGGUGGCACAUUCUGAACAAAAUGGACCUGCGAAGUGUUUUAAAGAUAUAAGCACAUCUACUCAUUCAGGAAAAGAGAAUAAUAUUAACGUUCCUUAUAAGGUGGCACAUUCUGAACAAAAUGGACCUGGGAAGUGUUUGAAAGAUAUGAGCACAUCUACUGAUCCAGGAAAAGAGAAUAAUAUUAACGUUCCUCAUAAGGUGGCACAUUCUGAACAAAAUGGACCUGGGAAGUGUUUGAAAGAUAUGAGCACAUCUACUCAUCUAGGAAAAGAGAAUACUAUUGACGUUCCUCAUAAGGUGGCACAUUCUGAACAAAAUGGACCUGGGAAGUGUUUAAAAGAUAUGAGCACAUCUACUCAUCCAGGAAUAGAGAAUGAUAUUAACGUUCUUCAUAAGGUGGCACAUUCUGAACAAAAUGGACCUGGGAUGUGUUUGAGACAUAUAAGCACAUCUACUUAUCCAGGAAAAGAGAAUAAUAUUAACAUGGAUAAGAUGUUCACUGAUUCCAGUGAGAGUUCAGAUGAAAAUAAGAAGAAAAAAUGCCAGCAGUUCGAUAAUUUAAUUUCGAGACUUACAACACAUCACAAACAAGUACAGACUUCCUUGAAUGUUGUGUCAGAUCCACCUCUGCAAAAUACAAGUUCCAAUGAUACAUGUAUGAAGACGCAAACUCAAACGGAAGAACUAGAUAACAGGAAUAUUGAUAAGGUUGAUAAAGAAAUAAUGUGUGUUUCCGAUGCUGAGCAAUCCAGCAGUGGUUUUUCUGAUCAUAGCAGCAUUUUGCAAAUCGUUGAAGAAUACCAAACUAGAUUGUAUGGGGAUACUGAAAUGGAAGAAGAAAACAGGUUAUUUGCCAGUCUACCAAGAGAACAAGAAUAUUUCACAUCCAGUGAUGAUGAGAAUGAGUUGUGCCUUGAAACAAGUAAAGAUGUGCCUUGGAGGUUUGAACCUCCAUUAAUUAGAAAUUCAAACAGAUUCAGUGUGAAACUUAAUUUCAUAAAUAACACUCAAAAAAUUUUAGAAGGAAACCAAGUAGCGGAUGAAUCAUGUGACAUUGUAACAGAAAUUAAAAAGAAAAGGCAAGACUAUACACGUGAAUCACAGAGAAUGAAUACUGCAGAAUGUGCUAAAUCUGGGGAUAGGAGGCAAUUAUCAUCUGAUAGAGUUUUCUUCUAUCCCCAUGGGAAAGAUACGGAUGAUGAAGAAACUCCCGAUGCUGUUUCGAAUAUCCAAGCAGAUAUUUCAUCUGAUGAACCCACCUUAACUGAUGACCUCAUUGAUAAAAAUAUUCCAGAAUCACCAACAAAAUUGAGCGCUAAAAUAGAAAAAAGAUACUUAGUUUACACACCAAAAAGAAGCAGAGAACAGAGAACUAAUCACCUAGAUCUUCAGAGAAGCGUGGGCUCAACAGAAGAACAAACAAAUUGUAGAACCUCAACAAGAUCACAACAUAGAUUAACUCUUGAUACAUCUAAACUAGCUGCAAUCAAAUCGCCACUCGCACCAGAAUCUACAAAACAUACUCCUGGUACUCAAAACCCAUCAGUAAAUAUCAAUUAUGAUGAAAACAAUACCAUCAGGAAGAAUACAAAAAGCUGUGUUCUAAAAAUAAAAACAAUACCUUCAGAGGUGAGUACAGCUGAGAAUAAUGUUGUACCACUGGAGCCUGUAGCGAAUGAGUCUGCUAUGCCUGAAAUUACACCCCUUCAAAAUGAUCAAACACCAAAUGUGAACAGACACAACUCAAAAACCAGAAACCCUAUCAAGCAAAAGCAACCAUUGGAGAGGAGCCAAUUUAAACAUCGUCCCAUUAGCAGUGAUAGUGGGGUGGAAGAGGAGCCCACAGUCCAUGCAGUUGGACCUCGAAUUGAAAUUGUACACCCCAAUGAGGAAACCUUAAGAAAUCAACUCGGAACCAGAGAAGUCGAGUUACCAGAUGCCACAGUACAAAAAAAACAAACCAAAGCUGUGAAAAUCAGUAGUGUUGAAUAUUUGGGACCGAUUGUUCCUAAUUAUGCCGGCGUUCCAACUGCAGAUAAUGUAUCACGGCAAAAUUUGCUUCCAGAUGAAAAUGUCAUAGGGGGUGUGGAUGAAAAAACUCCAACAAAACAUUCAAUACAUCACGACUAUUCUUCGAGUAGAUCAUCGAGGAAACAGCCGGUGAAAAUUGCAAAUAAUCCCCAAGAAGAACCAGUUUUCAAAGUUCCGAAAACAAACCCUCGAAAACAAAAUCAAAAGAGAACCACAAAAGUUGCAGGAGGAAUGGAAACAGAUAAUGUGAAUGAAACAUCUCAAGAUAAUACUCAAGGAGAAUCUGUUUCCCAGGUUUCCAAAACAAUCAUUCGAAAACAAUCCCUACAGAGGAAAACAGUUGUCGCAGAUAACAUGGAAACACCAGAUGGACACACUCAAAAUAAUCCCCAAGGAGUACCUAAUUUGAAAGUUCCCAAAACGAAUAAUCGAAAACAACAAGAGAGACUCACACUUAUGGGAGAUAUAACUCCAUUGUCAAACGUGCCAAAUGAAGCGCUAUCUGAAGGCACCAGAAAAUCUGGUAGAGCGAGAAGACAACCCGUCCACAGAUAUCAAAUAUACACUUGUGAAAUAUUAUCUGAUAAGAAAUCUAGGUCAAGCGUAUCGACCAAAAAAACGCAAAAGAAAGUUACUAGAGAAAGUGAAGAAAAUGAAGCUGAUAGCCCAACAAGGACACUGAGAAAAAGAGUGACCUCAAAAUCCUUAUCGAAAAGUUCAAGAUCCCCAUCGAAACGUUCAAGAACCCCAUCGAAACGAUCAAGAUCUCCAUCGAAACGUUCAAGAACCCCAUCGAAACGUUCAAGAACCCCAUCGAAACGUUCAAGAUCCCCAUCGAAACGUUCAAGAUCCCCAUCGAAACGUUCAAGAUCUCCAUCGGAACGUUCAAGCUCCCCAUCGAAACGUUCAAGAUCCCCAUCGAAACGUUCAAAAUCGCCAUCGAAAGUUUUAAAAUCGCCAUCGAAAGUAUCAAAAUUGACAUCAAAAUUGCAAUCGAAAGAAUCAAAACUGCCAUCAAAACGCCUUGAAAAACGGGUUGAUCAAAUCGCUUCAAGCAAUGAUGGCGCUGAGCAAUUGGAAAGUUGUGUCGAACGAGACUCGGAGGCCAAUUACUUACGACUGCCGGGAACGAGUGAUUCCGCUAGUUCCCUUCACCAAGAUACCAUGCAAAUGAGUGUUUUGAACAGAAACACUAUGGAUGAAAUUUAUCACAAUACCACCAAAGAAUCUGUGAUAAAGAGGAAUUACAAGAUGAAAUACGAUAGUGCAUUAAGUGAAACAGUUUCUAGCAGUACUGCCAAUCUUGAAGCGAAUGAUACUGCGGGGAUAGCAUCUGCUGGUCUUGAAGAGACACAAGGACUGAAGGGUACAACAAGAAAAUCAACUAGAUAUGCCACUACUUCAACAGUAAGUAAAGUGAAGCGAAAACCGUCAUUGAACCGUAUAAAGUCGACCAAAAAAAGUGCAGUGCCUGAUGAAAAGGAAUCCCGACGUGAGACGCAUGAAAUGCUCAACAGCCAGAUCGAUUUGACUUCGAGCAAGGGAGACUUUGAGCAUUGUGAAAAUAAUAACGUACAAGAAAUGGAUGACGAAUUUUCACAACUGCCUGGAACAAGCAUUAUCACAGUUAGUGCCACUAACCCAGAUACCAUCCGAGAAAGUACCUUUAAAACGAGUCCUGCCUAUGAAAAGCACCUGCACACCACCAGAGGAUCUCGAGUAACCAAAAAUUACAAAAAAAAUACCGAUAGAAUCACUCGGACGGUUUCGAAAAUCAAAAAUGCAUCUGUUUCACCUGAGGGCAAGUUUAAGAGUGGCGAAUUUAUAGAUAUUAUGUUGAACCAAGAAAAUGUGAGAUUGAAGUAUGUAGAAAAUGAUCCAAAACUUGUAGCAAACAAAGAUGACAUGCAGGCCAUCAAUGGUUCCACCACGGGUUUUUUGAAAAUAGAACCUGGUGGAAUGAAACAACCAUACACUGCGAAAAAACACUCAUUGUGGUUUUUUGUUAUGGAAGGGAAAGGAGAAAUUCGAGUACACAAUCGUACUUGUGCAAUAAAACCCUUCAGCCGCUUCAAUGUACCAUCAGGAAUAGAGUAUUCCAUAAAGAAUGGGAAUAAGGAAGAAUCUCUAAUACUUGGGUAUGUGAAAAUGAUUAGUGCUAACAACGAAUCUUAGCUUCAAGUAGUGGUCAUUAUACCGUGAGCAAAUAAAGGUUGGAACAAAUUCGUUAAAGGCUUGAUGUGGCCAUUGAGAGAAACAAGCUCAUACACGUCGAUUGUUUUUUCCUUAUGCGCAUUUGUUGGUUUACUCAUAUUUUUGAUGAAGUUAUCAUCAUAAAUGACAUUACUAUGAAUGAAAUCUCUCUUAUUUCUCGAACAUUCGGGUAUGUAACAUGAGAGAGAAAAUGAGGAAAAAAUAUGACAUCCAUGCAUGGAAAAAUGCGUUUUUUUGUAGGUAUUAUCUAAAUGGGUAGACUGCUAUCGCGUGCAGCGGUCAAGGUUCUCAACAGGGUGUCCUAUGCCCAUGGUACAAUGGCGCGCACGUCCGAAAAAAGGUAUAUUGUGAUGGCGCGUGUAGACGGAGACUAUGGUGAACUGAAGUUACAUUCAAUUUCCAUAUGUAAAUAUCCUUCUCCUAUAUAAAAAAGGACUACUUUUCUAUUUCUACAAAGUAGAUUUUUUUGGAAAAUAUCCUCAUUGCUAGAAAGGAGACUUUUCUCUAAACAAUUUACCCUAACUUUGCCUAAAUGCACAUUCUACAAGGUGAUUCUAAAAUAGGUGGUCAAACUUUGGGAGUAUAUAGAGUGAGGGAAAUAAUUACGAAAACCUCGGUAACAUUUUCUUCUGAAGUGCCCCCUAAGAAAGAUACAGCCCCUCAAAGGGGGGCCUCGGAGAAUGAUUUUGUACUAUUAUCUCCAACACCUUGUAUGAUGAAAAUCUAAAAUUUUGUUUGUCCACUAACUAUUCAGUGCCGGUUCGAAUGGAGUUAAAAUCACCUCAAAAUUAAAUACAGGGGUGUGUCAAAACAGGGAGGUAGGGGGUAAAAAUAACCGCAACUUUUUUGUUCAUCGCAAUUUCAGUUAUUUUACAUGAAAUUAUGAAAUCUUAGGGCUAUUUACAUAGAAAAGGAGCUCUUGUUGAAUCUCGAUAAACUGAACCAUUAUCGAAUAAAAUUUAUUUUUCCA